AUGGAGCAGCUGUACAACCUCUUCGCAUCCAGCUUCGAGUGCGUCCCUUGUCGCCGUCCGUACGCUUGCAGUGGACAGUGCUGCAGCGACUUGCCUCAGCUAGCUGACAUUUCGCAAACUAAACCUUCUUUCUUCUCCCUCCCCCCUUUCAACGCACUCGUGACGGCCGACUCGCAGUGCGAAUCCUAAUCAUCGAUUGGCUGCUGAGCUGGAAUUGCGCAAAUUGGAGCAGCAAGAUGGCAUGCUCGCCACCGCCCUACAGAUUGUAGCCCACCCUGAGCUGGACAUUGCGGGCAGACAAGCGGCCGCCAUGUGAGUAGAGAAGCGCGCCGCAGCGUGGUGUGGUAGCAGAGGCCGCGUCCAGUGCGAACGCGAAUGCGAAUGCGAACGCGAGUGCUCAAUAUGUUGGAAACACUUUGCACGCACACGACAGCUACGUCAAGAACCGCGCUCGGCGCAUGUGGGAUCACGAACGAGCCAUCAAUCUUGCCAAAGCCGGAGGAGGUGCAGCAGCUGGCGGUCCAUCGAACAACGUGCCGAUCGGGGAAAAGGACAGGCAAGAGGUUAGAUCGAACAUUUUGCAAACUUUGAUCUCCUCUCCUCCUCCAUUGAGAUCCCACGUAGCUGCUACGCUCAACGCCAUCGUCACCACCGAUUUCCCAAAGAGUUGGCCGGAUCUGAUAGAUAGGAUAAGCGAAUUGCUCAAUUCAGGCGAUCAGAAUGCUACGUAUGGCGGUGUUUGCGCUUUGCUGGAGGUGGUCAGAUCGUUCAGGUGAGUGUCUGCCCGCAUACACCGUCUAUGUCCGCUCACGAUCCGCCCAUGUCAAAUGCUGAACAUUCCUGGUCGAUGCGUCGCUGACGUUUUGCAGGUGGAAGGACGAGUCAUCCUUGUUGGAGCCGGUAUCGGCAGCGACGCUGCCCCGCCUCGUAGCCACCGGCCAGUCCAUCCUCGCAUCGCCCACCGCAUCGUCGGCACAGAGUGGGGAGCUGCUUUGGAAGCUGGUCAAGGUGUACAAGCUCUCUAUCAACUCUCAACUCACUGCCCAUCACCAAUCGCACCAAUCCAUCGUGCCUUGGGGUCAGCUCUUCAUCGCCAUUGUCAAGCAUCAGGUCGAUCCUAGUCAGCUGCCUGCUGAUGAGGAUGAGAGGGAGAGAGCUCCUUGGACAAAGGCCAAGAAGUGGUCCUUUUUCAACCUCAACAAGCUCUUCACCCGGUGCGUAGCAAUGUGCAAAGGGUUUCUUUUGAAAAGACGUUGCAUAUAUCGCCGCUCACUUCGCAUACGCCCUUUGAUCGUCUUAGCUACGGCAAUCCCAGUCAACUGCCACAGAGCUUGGACAAGUACAAGCCGUUUGCCGAACACUUUGUCUCAACUUUUGCUCCGCGCAUCCUCGAAGUCUACCUCGAGCUCACUGUUGCGCGACUCAACUCGGGACUGUGGCUGAGCAAAAAGGCGCACUACUUUAUCAUUGCCUUUUACGAGGAUUGCGUCAAGCCAAAGUCCACUUGGCUUCUGCUCAAGCCUCAUGUUGAUGAUCUCGUCCAGCGCUUCGUCUUCCCACUCAUGUGCUACACCGAAGCCGACGAGGAGCUGUGGGAGCUGGACGCGGUGGAUUACGUGCGAAGCCAUCUGGAUCCCAUCGAGGAGUUUGGCACGCCUCAAGGUGCGGCUGCUUCGUUCUUGCAAGCCCUCAUCUCCAAGCGCACCAAGUCGACAUUUCAUCCUCAGCUGCAGUUCAUCACUUCCGUCAUACAGACGCGAACAAACAACGAAAAGGAAGGUGCGCUCAACAUGCUCGUCUCCAUCUCCGAUACCAUCCUAGAGUCCUCAGAAAUUUCGAAUCAGCUCGAGACGCUCUUUGUCACUUCGGUCAUUCCGGAAUUGGCGAGCGGGAAUCGCUUUUUGCGUUUUCGCGCUUGCGAUUUGGUGCGCGUCUUUGCUGGUACGAUGAGGUGGCAGGACACUACAAAUUUGGAAAGCACGUUCAAGGGCGUAAUGCAAUGCUUGGAGGAUGGCGAGUUGCCGGUGCGCAUGCAAGCUGCCGCAGCUAUUGGUACGCUAAUCGAUCACGACGAGGUGCACGCGGCCAUGGCGCCCAACGCCGGACCGCUCAUGCAGCGCCUGCUCAAAUUGGCAGACGAGACGGACCUGGAUACGCUCUCUGCUACCACCAGCAAGGUCGUAUCCUCCUUUGCCGAACAGAUCCUACCCUUUGCUGUGGAAUUUUGUCAGCACCUUCGGGACUCGUACAUCAGAGUGCUCGGCGAGCAUUUGGCGAAUGCCGACGCUGAGCUUAACAACAUCAAUGGCGAGCUGGACUACAAUCCUUCGGCGGAAAGCAAGAGUGAGUGGAAGUUGUUGUCAGGAGCACAGUCCAGAUGUACCUGACCAAGCCCUGUCCCGCGGUCUCGCCCCCUCGAACGCAGUGUUCGCUGCGGUGGCAGCUUGUCAGACCAUGUAUCAAGUGCUUGCGGCUGCUGAUGAAAAUCAACAACUCCUGGGCCAGCUCGAGACGGUCAUUUUGCCAGUGGUCAGCUACACGCUCGAAAAGGAAUGCGUCGGUGAGUAUCCACCAAUGCCCUCUUUGUCAUGAUGGCAGCAACUCACUCGCCCAGCCGCGCCUCCUAGAACUCUACGACGAUGUGCUGGACCUGACGGACGUCAUCGUCUUCAAUCAGAAGCGCGUCUCGGAAGGCAUGUGGUCCAUCUUUGUCCAGCUGCACACCACUUUUAAAGCGUCCGGCAUCGACUACUUGUCCGAGAUGCUGCCCACGCUCGACAACAUCGUCUCUUACGGCACAGAAGUCAUCAAAUCCCAACCCGAUUAUCGGCGCAUGUUGUUGGAGAUUUUCGAAAUCGGCAUGACGAAUGAGAAUUUGGGCGUGGUGGAUCGCGUAUCUGCUCUCAAGCUCAUCGAUGUCGCCUUGCUACUUCUCACGGGCACCAUCGACGAAGCGGUGCCGGGCAUCGUGCAAAUGACGCUGCCGCACGUCAAGGCGGAAGGGCGCGAAUCUUCCGCUUCGCUUCGCAAGUGGUCCAAAUUGGUCAUUCUCGACGCAUUCGUCUACAAUCCCGCCCUGGCACUCAAGUCGCUCGAGACGCACAACGCAGCAGCUAGCUUUCUCAACACCAUCAUCACCGACGUCUCUCAUUUCGGCAAUGUCCACUCGCGCAAAGUGGUUGCGAGCGCCUUUUGCGGCAUUUUCGCCCUGCCUCGCCCUUCGUUGGCCAACGAUGUGCAGGCGCUUUUGCCCCAGCUGCUUGCGGCUACGAUCGAAGUGCUAGAGGGACUGCCGCAAGCUAUUGCAGAACGCAAGGAACAGCUGGAGCUUUUUGACGACUUGGAUGAAGACGAGGUUGAAGAGGCGGAAGAAGAAUCCGCUACUGUUCAUGGUGGCGCUUCUGCUGGCGACGAUGCGGAUGGGGAUGUGGUGGAUGAAGAGAACGAGUAUCUGGAAAUGCUGGCGAGGGAAGGUGCUCGUCUGAGGUCGCGCAACCUGGCCAUCGCGACGGGAGAGAGCGCGGAAGAUUUCGAGGAUAUGGAAGCGGAUGAGGAGGAUGAGGAGGCUGAUGAGGAGGAUAUUGGGUUCGAAUCGCCCAUGGACCCCGUGCCCGUCUUUGAACGAUUCAGAAGCAUCGCUGGAAAUAUUCAGGACGUCGUUGCUGCGCUGCACCCAACUGUACGAGCGCAGCUCGAGCAAGUGGCAAAUGGUGUAGACGAGCAGGUGGCCAAGCCGCACGUCACGCCCGUCUUGUGA